AUCUGAUGUUUUUUCCUUGAAGGUUCCGGUGGAUUGGAUUAGUACUGAAUUUAUACUGAGUCGGAAAUGUCUGAUGUAGACGAUGACGAUUCGGAUUGUUGGUCGACGGUAUCGAAGGAGUUACCCACGCUCGAAAGCAUCUUGAAUGAUGACGCUGCUGGAAAUCCAUCGCUCGUUCAAGAGCUAUGUGAUCAGGACGUGACGGGUUGCGAGCAAAAGCUUCCCAGCUUGGAGAGUAUUUUGGCGGAAGAGGGAGACGAAAGCUUGACGAGCGACGAUGAGUUCUUCGAAUCCGCUGGGAAUCCUUCAACGAGUAGAUCUGAAGCGGAGUCGAAGUCGUCAACGGGAUGUGUCGGUGGAAAUGGGUCCCAGUCGGAGACGAUUCGGCCGUUGGACGACAACUCAGUCGUGGAACACGCAGUUUUUCGAGGAAUUUCAUCGCAGAUUUCGUCAGCCUCUAUGCAUGCUGACGCCGGUAGAGCGACGGCCAUAGCAGUCCGAGGGAGUAUUGCGGUUGGAAUGACGCAUGGUCUCGUCCUGAUUUUCAACGCGAAUCAAUCCUUAUCUUCUGCACUCGGAGGCAAUACUGAAACAAAGGAAUACGGAUCAGUUUCUUGUAUGGACUGGAAUGCCGACUGCUCCAGAUUGUUGGUAGGAUUUUCCAAAGGAUCAGUGUCGUGCUACGAUGCCGUUCGUGGGCGACUCGUGCGUCAUUUCACGCAACCGGUGUCUCCUGGAUGCGGAACACUCAACGCUAAAUUCACCGACGGACCGGGGACCAGAGCGGUUAUCAGCGACAGCGGCGGAUCUGUGUGGGAAAUUAAAAUCAAACGACGUUUGGGGGAUGAGAGUGAUUCGGGGAGAUGUUUGUUUUCUGGAGCUCGUGGAGAAGUGGUGUCUAUUGCACCACUGGUGCCUGCGGCUCACCAGAGUCCUGGAAGACAGUUGAUGGAAGAUACCACGCGGAUGGCAGGCUCCAUCCUUGCCAUGGCGUCGUUUCUCGUUGCAACGAUCUCCCAGGGACCUGAGAAAAAUCUUUAUAUGGAGAUCAUGGUCAUUGUUGUGACGACACGUCCCAAACUAGGCGUGAUCUUCAGUCAUCCGCUUCCUGGAGAUCCCCGGUCUCUACCGCUCAUGUCAUGGCAAGCCGUAGUAAUUCAACUGCCAGCGGAUCGUGGACGAGUCGUUGACCCAGUUUUCACAUUCUGUCGCGACAGAGAGGUGUUCUUUUUCCAGCUCACCUAUACAGCGGCUCUGCUACAUCCUGGAAAGCCGAUGCAGUUUUUGCCCCUGAGAAAACUGGAUUUGGAUUAUUCAUUGUUGGCGUUGGCGUGGGUGAAUGCGCACGUGUUUGUUGUGGUGGAUUCGGAGGAGAGAUUGCAUGUGAGAGACGCCAGGUUGACGAAGGAGGUGCCUGAGGUGGUGGAGCUCGCGGGAGUUGAAAUGGUUUACGGUAGCGUGGAUUUCAAGGGAUUUUCCACUGGAGGAAAGGUUAGCAAGGCCAUGGCACUGGUUGCCGACAGGGCGUGCUAUUACUCCUUCGCGUCUGCCCCGGGCCAAGCAAGAUUAGUCUUCCUUGGAAUGAAUGGGGUUCAUGCUAUCACUUUGAGAACGUGGGUGAAGCGUGUCGAUUACCUGUUGAACAACGGUCGUCACCUCGAAGCUUUGGCUUUGUGCGACGACGUUUUAAGCAAUAAGGCUGUGGGAGCGAUUGGAGUAGGUCAGAGGAAAUCAGAGAGAAGAGCUGCUGCCUCGAAAUUGUUGUCCGGAAUGGUGGAAGCAUUGAAAUCCAAUGCCUUGGAGCAUCUGCAGAUUUGCGUCGCAUAUUCCAUGAAAAUCCCUUCUUCGAUCGGUGGCAUCUCGUCGGACUCGGUGACGCGAGAAAAUGCGAUUGACACCAUUUUUGAUUAUGUGAAAGACAACCAUGCAGCGGUCCUAGCAUUUUUCGAGUGCUUGGAGCCGAAAGUGUUGGCCGGAGAAAUUACUUUCUUGAAUCCUGCGAUUGUUCAAACUUUGGUUGAAAUGUACGAGGCGGAAGGUAAACUUGAUGUCCUGGAAGAUUGGCUGGUCCGGUUGGAGAUUCUUUGUCUGGAUUUCGACCAGGUCGUUCGGCUCUGCGUGAAGCAUUCGUUGGUAGACGCUUACAUAUCGUGCCACAACCGCGGACUAGGCGAUUUCGUCUCUCCAUUAGAAGAUCUGCUCGUCAAGUUGGACGCACACCUUCGCAGCACUUCUGAAUCAACGCUCCUUGGCUCUGAAGCCAUCCAACUCGGCAACAAGAUCCUGGUGUAUAUUUCGUGUUGCCUGGGUGGUAGAGCGUACCCGUUGAAUGGGCCACUCAUGGCUUCUGCUCCCGGGUAUUCUCCGCCGCCACAGAGCGCUGUCACAGCCUCGUCCGUCAAGUUCCGAGUUUUGGCUUGUUUGACAAGUAUUCAUACGAGGAAUGCUGGGGAUGAUGAGGCUGCUUAUCCUAGGCUGAGGACUCUACUCAACUUUGACUCGUUGGCGUUUCUGAACGUUUUGGCCAUGGCUUUUGAAGCUGAAGAAUUCAAAACAGACCUAGGCCUUCGCCAGAAGCAGCGACUGGUCGAUAUCCUCAUCCAGAUCGUGUUCGAGGAGAGUAGAACUGAGUUCAAGCUUGGGGAAGCCGCAAGCGACAAUUUGUUGCUAUUUUUGGCUCGGCAAGUUGCUUGGACAGAAGAAGGUCACUUUCAUCUCUCUCCGGAAGUUUGGAGACGUUUGAUGGACUACCUGUUCAGUCCUGCCAAACCGAAGCGAGAAGAGCGACAAUCUGCCAUUUGUCAGCUGCUUGGUGUCAAGACUGUCGAGUCACAGUGGCUCAGAACUUGGGACGAAAUGAUAGCAUUGGCCGAAGAAGCUGAAUUCUUCCGUGUCUGUGAAAUUCUGUAUGACCACAAAGGCGAAAAAGACAAAAUCCUGUGGUGCUACCUUCGUGAUCCUGGGAGGCGUGGAAGAAUCUUCCCGUACUUGAAGCAGAAGUUCAGCGAAGAUGAUGAAGUCAUUAUUUCGAGGAGUUACGAUCUAGCAACAGUGGAUGCUGAAGAAUUCGCUGAUUUCAUUGCUCACAUAAGACCAGAUUUAUUGCAAAAAAUCAUUGAUCAGUUGGGAUCUGUGAAGAGUGCGGACGGGUGUCCUCUUCUUUUCGCGUUUUUGGAUGCGUUGGUUUCCAUCGUGAAUGACGAAGGUGGUUUGCGUGGACUAGAAGUAACUUGUGGAACAUGGGAGCUGUAUUUUGACUUGCUCGCAGAACAUCGACCGUAUGCAGUCGUGUUGUCUUUGAAGAAAUUUGAUGGCGAAUACCGGUUCGAUCCUGUUUACCAGCUAUGUAAGAAGCAUGGGUUGGCGGAGGCGCAAGCCUAUCUCCUGGAAAAAUCAGGGGAUUUCCAAGGAGCGUUGGACAUCCUCCUGAAGGACGUUGAGGAGCAGCUGAACUUUGCUCUCUCGACUGAUGAAGGGGACAUAGUAACGAGACUUGCGAAAGUGGAGAGUAAGAUGUUGGUCAUCGUAGAAGCGUGUCAGCGGAAUUGCAGACACGGUUUGGCAGACGAUGCGUCUACGGAAGGCUGGUUCUCUUUGUUGGGAAUGGUGCUGAAAGCCCAGCGCAGAACCGAUGCAGCCGCAUUGAUUCCUUCUGUUUCGAAAGGGCUGAUGGACAUGGCAAAACACCUGACGGCAAGCAUGUUGUCUUACGUUUCAUUAUCCACCAUUCUGGAUAAAUUAUUGCGAGAUCCUUCGUAUCGCACUGGGAAGUUUGGCGAAGUUAAAGACUUGAUUUUGGGGAUGACUAAAGCUUACAACUACGAGGCAACUGUGAUGGAGAGUGCGAGAAAUCUCUCUUUCAACGAGAAAGCGGGAAGAGCCGUUCAGUUGGUGAAAGCGGCUCAAGCCGGGAUUGGGCCCGGAUCCGGAUCUCACUGUUCGAUCUGUCGAAAGGCGGGAGUCGGACGAAGACAACUUCCCGCCAUCGUGUUCUUCCGAAAAUGUGGCCAUUGGUUUCACGAAAACUGCUUGAACGCGCGACAGGCGGAUUCUGACGCCAUCUUGAAUAAGUCAGCUUUGAAGUGCUUUUCUUGUUCAGCUUCUGAUAAUGCAGUGGAAGCAUCUGCUUUGAAUCUUCGUGCGUCAUCGGCGAAAGUCGGGAGUAUGUAUCUUUCGCUCACGAACAUGCUCAACGAGCGAAGUCGCGGAAAGAUUCUUUGCAUCGAUGAUCUUCGCCAGGCAGCUGUCGAGAAGAUACCAAAAAUGGCCUUGGAUUAUUAUCGAAGUGGAGCAGAUGAACAAAUUACUUUGCGGGAAAACCAUCUCGCAUUCCAAAGACUUCGAUUAAGGCCGAGAUUCAUGGUUGAUGUCUCCGUGAGAAAUUUGGAAAGUGAAAUUCUUGGCUCGAGGGUCAAUCUACCGAUUGGCAUAGCCCCAACGGCUCUUCAGAAAAUGGCUCAUCCUGAAGGCGAAUGCGCGUCUGCUCGAGCUGCUCAAGCCAUGGGAACUGUGUUUGUCUUGAGCACCAUUGCAACAUCCAGUGUUGAACAAGUUGCUGCCGCAGCUCCUGAUUGCAUCAAGUGGUUGCAGCUGUAUAUUUACAAGGACAGGAAAGUGACGGUCGAUUUACUGAAACGUGCAGAAAAUGCUGGCUUCAAAGCUGUUGCUGUCACUGUGGACGCUCCGUAUUUUGGCCAGCGGUUAGCUGAUGUCCGUAAUCAAUUUUCGCUCCCGAAUCACUUGAGGAUGGAGAAUUUUGCGAAGUAUGGUGCGACGUCGAGCGCAACGAAAGGAGCAAAUCAAUCUGCUGGAGGCUCUGGAAUCAACGAAUACGUGGCGUCCUUGUUCGACCAGACGUUGACUUGGCAGGAUUUGGCGUGGCUAAAACGGGCAACCAAAUUACCGGUUAUUGUCAAAGGGGUUUUGACUGGUGAAGAUGCUCUGCUGGCGCUGGAUUACGGUGCUGAUGCAAUCUGGGUGUCGAACCAUGGUGCCAGGCAACUCGACACUGUUUCAGCCACGAUCGAGGUUCUGCCUGAAGUUGUGGAGGCAGUCAAAGGCCGGUGUGAUGUAUUUAUGGAUGGUGGUGUCGAGAAGGGCACCGAUGUAUUGAAAGCAUUGGCUCUUGGUGCGAAAAUGGUGUUCGUGGGUCGCCCGAUUCUUUGGGGACUGGCUCAUGAUGGGUUCGACGGGGUCCACACGGCGUUAAAAAUAUUGAGGAAGGAGCUGGACUUGGCAAUGGCUUUGUCAGGUUGUACGAGCGUUUCGAGCAUCCCGACGACUCUGGUUUCCCGUGAAACAGACCGUGGAAAAUUGUGAAAAGAUGAUUCGUCUCCUGUUGGGAUCACAAUCACAUAUGUUCCUUGGACUGUCAGCAUGUGAAAUGUAGAUCAGAAGAAGAGGACAUCAUUAUCCGGAUGAACGUGUUGGUGAGGGUGUAUCAAGGAGUUUCUUCUUGUUGAAUUAUAGUGCAGUAUAUAUACGAGGUGUACGGAAUUCCCGAAUUUCGAACCGCGAUAAUGAGACAUGUUUCUUUGCAAAAGCAUGUGUAGAGUCCGAAAUGCAAACAGAACAAGCAUGAAUUAUUGGGGUAGGGAUACGUUUUCCCUUGAGUAAUGCAUGUCAAGUUAUGCCCGAUUACAGUUUUCGGUGUACCAGCAGUUGAGGAAAUUAAAAAAAUGUGGAAGGUCUCAAUGUGCGUUUUUACAUGCAACGCUGCAGGUAUUAUCAAUCAGCUUUAGUAGCCAGUUGCCAACAUUUGUUUCAUUUCAAAUUUCCUCUUAUUUCGAGUAAUUUCCGGGGGAUCAGUUACUUCAAGGCCGAAAUGUAAAUUUUCUCCAUUUCGGAUAGCUUUCUUCCAAUAUCUUUGGAUAGCUAAUCAAUUUUUUACACCGUCAAAUGUAUAGAGAGUAUGUAUAGACAGUGGACCCCACGUGACAAUACUGGGAGGAUCAUAACGGCAUUUUUCAGAAAAAAUCCCUUUUCAAUGGUCAUAUGAGCUUUCUUAAUGGCAAUACAGCAGUUGUGUAACUCUGCGCGAAUGGAUAUCUGUAUAUAGAGCUGUUAGUAAAUUGGAUCUAAUUUUGUGUAUUUUUGUUUUGAUUUGAGUCCUUGCUUAUUUUUUAAAAAUUUCGAAAGAAAAGCUGUAAUUACACUGUAUCCAUUAUGCUAGGAACAUGCAGCAGUUGCACAUUUACCUUCAUGUUCAGAACUUUUCAGUCCUGCACGUCCUUCCAUUUGAACUUGAGGCAGUAUAUACAUGCAGGUGGACUCACUGCAAGAAAAUUCAAGUGACCACAUAAAAUUUCUUGUGCAGAGAAUUAUGUUGUAGAAAACCCCUACACCCAGCAAACGGUUCACCCAUGUUCAUGCCCUUAGUGAAUUGGUAGGAAAUAGGGGAGGUUCACCCACAAUAAUGCUUCAACAAUGCUGGGAAAUUUUGCUACAGGUGAUAAUGGUGCAGGUGAAAUUCGCCGCAGUUGAUCUUGCCGCACUUCAACUUGCCGCACCCUAACUUGCUGCUGCUGCAACUGACUGCAGUCACAAGUUGCCGCAAUCAUUUCUCACCAGUCACAACUUGCAGUAGUUAUAAGUUGCCACUCUUUGAACAUGCUGUACUUGAAGAUAAAUUCUGACAGUUCUAGAACUUUUUGAAACUUGAUUCACAGCAGAACAUUUUUGCAAUUGAAUAAAAUUUACAAUACAAUAAUAUGGAAAAAACCUUACCAUAAAAAAUGCACAUCAUUUAGCCACCAAUCAUACUAGUUCAGGAUGAAAGAAUUCAUUGAAACCCCCCCC